UUGCGCAGAAAAUAAUUUUCGAAAAUUUUCCACAAUUACCGUUGGUAAGCUAGAAAUCCUCUCACCAGAGAUCCUCUGUUUUACCAACCGACACUCGAUCACUCGUUACACGAUGAGCAACAACUUGAAUGGCGGAUCCGAUGUAGUAGUAGUUACCACAACGCCACACAAGCGAGUCGAGCAGCGCGUUACUUACUCAUUUUGUUAAUUUUAAAUGACUGUUAUCUGAACAAAAUGUUGAAGUACACCGUGUGUAUUGCGCUGCUUCUGGCAGUUUUUGCCCAGAGGGGAGAUGCUUUGUACUGCUACCGAUGCAACAGUAAUAUGCCUGGAUGUGGAACACCAUUCAAUUGGCUCUGGUACUGGGGAGAAACAUGUCCAGAGUACGAUGACAAGUGUGUAAAGAUUAUUGAACGAAAAGGAGCUGAAACUAUCAUCACAAGAGAAUGUUUAAGCGCUGUGCAAGGAUUCAGAACAGACAUUCCAGCUGACAAGUACGAAGGAUGCAGACCAGCAGCCAAAGAUGUUCGAUUAGGACACUACGUUAACAAUUCCAUUACUCAACUUGACAUUCAUAGAGAUUACUAUGAUGAAGUGACGUGGUGUUUCUGCUACUUCGAUCACAGAUGUAAUAGUGCCUCAAGCAUUGCAAUGUCUCUGCUACUGCCGACUGGCAUCUUAGCCAUUAAAUUAUUAGCAUAAGGAGAUGAAACUUGACUUCUCAAGGAAUCAAUCCGUCCAUUAGAUGUAGGAAUCUCAAAACAUCACAUUAAUUGUGAUUAUUGUGGUAUUGAAAAAACCGUCCAAACAAGUUUUAGCGCUAAAUACUCGGCAUACGACAUUCACGCCAAAUAAUUAGAUGCAUUUUUACACAACAGUGGAAAAUGUUUAUUUAUCGUCUUUAAUAUUAAUUAUGAACGAAGAUUAGCUAAUUUUUAUGAAUCCAUCUUUGUAAAAUGUUGCCGAACCUGAUUUUAUAUAAUUUAAUGAUAUAAUGUACCUAUUAAUGUUGUACUUUUAUACAUGACUUUUAUAUGCUCCUAAUAAAGUAGAAUGAAAAAGUUGUUUUUCUGUAUUAUAACAAUGAUUCUUUAUUGUCACGUGACUAAAAUGACGUUUGAUUGCAAGAUGACCAGUCAAAGAUAUGUUAAUUACAAACUUUCAUAUAAAUUCAAUUUUGUAUUUUUAUAUUGUAUGCCGCAAAAUAUGAAUACAAAACGUGCUCAAAUAAAGGUAUAACGAUUUAGACAUUUUUACAAAGAUUUCACUUGUGUUUUGUUUGUAACUUUUAUAUUAGCUCUCCAUAGCUUGGGAGGGGGGGGGGGUCACACUUCGGCUAGAUAUAAUUCAAGUGCUGCUGUUAUAGCAAUUACGCGUUGAGAGUUUAUAUUUAUAAUAAUAUGUACAUACACAGAAUGCUUAUCAGCGUACUUGUAUAAAUUUAAAGCCAAUUUAUCCUGUGCAAGUAUUUAGCAACAGAAGAAAAGUGGAGUAAAGGGCUUCAUAUGCAUCUAUCCUUUUAUGAAGCAUAAAACCUAGUAGGUUAAGAA